AUGAGUGGCAAUCACUUGACGCCUCCAACCUCGGCAGCCAACAUCACCACAAGGCCACCAGGGGCUAGAGCAGAGUUGCCAGAUAGGAGCGUCACCGAAUCCUCGAUAGAAGACGCAUAUGUCGAUUUCAUACUGCAUUGCAACCCUGCGGUGCCGCUGGAGAAUGACACCAACGCUUUACGGGAGGCAUUCCGCGUGCCGCCAAGGAGUGAUGGGAAGGCUUUCAGCACGCAUACCUUAUUUGUGCUCAUCAAGCAACUCAACAACAAAGAGCUCAAGACAUGGGCGGAUCUAGCAUUAAAACUGGGGGUCACGCCACCGGAUAUUGAGAAGGGCCAGAGCUCGCAAAAGAUUCAGCAGUAUGCUGUGAGAUUAAAGCGAUGGAUGCAUUCAAUGCACCUUGAUGCCUUUUUCGACUACCUCCUUGAGAACGAGCACCCAUACUGGAUGCAGAUUCCGACAGAUCCUAACCCCAUCUGCGAAGAAGGUCGAGAUGGGGUUGCGGCAGAGGACGAUAUGGCCCUCAGGGCGUUACUUCCACAGAUCAGACCACGACGUGGUCGGCGAAAGCCGGAAGAUGAUUUGAAUAAGUCUCCUUCACAGCGACCGAGGCUAGGCUCACCAACAUUCAACGGCGAUGGAAGGCAGCCACGCUUAGAUGUCUCUGAGCCGUGGACAGCACACCCAGAUGGCCAGCGGACCUUCCUAUUCCCACCAGCCGACCAGACCAGGUCCAGCGUGCUUCCUGGCUCCGAGCCCGUGUACCAGUGGCCUUCAGAGCUCAGUCAGACGCCUAUGACGGCUUACCCACAGUCUGCAAUGACUCCAAUAAACGGACGGGCCUUUUGGGCGGAUCCCUCAGAGCCACGGUCUGCAAUCACGCCUUCGAAAGCAAAGCUGCUGGGCCGAAGACACGGCGCCAAAGUUGUAUCAUCGGCGUGGCGUAGCGGAGGUUCUGGCGGAACGGGGAAGACACGUGGCAGACCGCCGAUCAAUCGAAACGUCGACAGUCCACUCUCAGCAAUCACAGACGCGCACAGGGGGUUUCAGACACCGACGCUGGGAAAUGGUACGCCUGCUCCUCAGCCAGUUCUGCCCAUUGACACCUCGGUGACGCCUGUUGGCGCGGCACCCACGUUCAUGCCCACAUCGGCGUCCACGCCAACGUCUGCAGGCCCGUCAUCACGACCAGGCCGACCAGGGCGCCUCUCUUUACAGGUCCCUGAGAGAGCUGGUGGAAAUGUGAGGUUAGCGACGCCGCCUCCGCCGGUGGUCAUGAUUAAUGGUGAGAACACACCCAACGUUGAUGAGCAAAAUCAAGCGCAGUCUUCGAAUGGCUUUCUAUCAGCAACCUCAUCUCUGGCUUUUCCGAGCCAGCACGCAAACUUGGCUGCUAUGUCUGCAUCGGCCGGGCUUGCGCAGCUGCCACAACCAGCAGUUUCUGCCACAGAUGGCGAUGAUGAUACAACAAAUGUACGCGAAGUCGAAAGCCUUUUCAUAUCAGAGAUCCUUGUCGCCGAUUGGUACAACUCCAGCGGCGACAAGAUCGACCCUUGCGGCCUCGACGAAGCAGCCGCCAUAGCUCGGACGUAUAUCGGGAACAUGCAGAAGCAAGCGCUGACGCCAGAGGUGUUCCUCAUGAACCUGGCAGCACUGGCCAGCGGCAGCAUCCUCCAGCGGGGUGUCAAGGCAUCCAUCACCCGCGUCGAGGAGGGCCUUACGUACAGCAGGUACAGCUGCAAGUGGACGCUACGCUACGGUAAGCUCAGGGGCAACCUGUCGUUGACGGAGACGGUGCCCCACGAGCUGUGGAAGAAGCCGCCGGGCGCAGCGCAGCAGAGGGACUCGGAGACGCCCGAGUCCGACGCGACGGGUGAUGCGACGUCCCAGCACUGGAAGAAGAAAUACGAGGAUCUGCUGCACCUGGUCAAGACUAACCACGAGCAGGCUACGGAGCUGAAGAUCAGCGUCUUGGAGUCGCUCAAGAACUCGGUGCCUGCUGGUGACAUCAAAAGAUAA